AUGAGAAACAGGAGCAGGAGAAACAGUGGCAGCAGAAACGGUAGCAGGAGGAACAUAAGCAACAGAAACAUAAGCAGCAGAAAUAGUAGCAACAGAAACAGAAGCAGCAGCAGAAACAGUAGCAGGAGAAACAGUAGCACUAGAAACAGUAGCACCAGAAACAGUAGCACCAGAAACAGAAGCAGCAGGAUAGCGGAAGAAACAGUAGCAGCAGAAACAGUAACAACAGUAGCAGCAGAAAGAGAAACAAGAGAUACAGGUACAGCAGAAACAGUAACAACAGAAAAAGUAGCAGCAGUAACAGAAGAAAGAAAUACAGGAACAACAGAAACAGUAGCGACAGAAACAGUAGCAGCUGUAACAGAAGAAAAAGUUACAGGAACAGCAGAAACGGUAGCAACAGAAACAGUAGCAGCAGUAACAGAAGAAAGAGAUACAGGAAGAGCAGAAACAGUAGCAACAGAAACAGUAGCAGCAGUAACAGAAGAAAGAGAUACAGGAACAGCUGAAACGGUAGCAACAGAAACAGUAGCAGCAGUAACAGAAAAAAGAGAUACAGGAACACCAGAAACGGUAGCAGGAGAAACAGUGGCAGCAGAGACAGAAGAAAGAGAUACAGGAACAGCAGAAACAGUAGCAACAGAAACAGUAGCAGCAGUAACAGAAGAAAGAGAUACAGGAACAGCAGAAACCGUAGCAGGAGAAACAGUGGCAGCAGAGACAGGAGAGCGGAAGCAGUAG